AUGAGCUUAACGAAGGGUAUAACGGUGGACAUCGCCACGCCCGACUUCGGCCUUCGAGAUGGACCCAACACGAUCGGGAUGAAGGCAACGCCGUGUACACGUUGCCAUCUCCCACGAAUUCCUCUCAACCAGGACUUUAAACAAUGUCCAGACUGCAGAAAUAAAGCGCGUCUCGCAUGCGAAACAUAUAGAAAGAGAAAGCUGUCGGAUAAGCGGGGCCGAGUCACUUUGAAUCAGGGCAAUUCAACCCCCCAGAAUCGGACAGACACGCAGCCGAGCACGAAACUCUUGAAACGACCUCUGGAGGGCAAGGACAGCGAGAAGGCGGCGAAGAGGAGUCGGCAUUCGACUGCUGAAGGGGGGGUCAAUGCGAAAGAUUGGGUACAGAAUGUUCCCUCAACCUCAUCGAGUACGAGGACCGUCUCAACAACUCCCGCCGGUUCUUCUAACCAUCGCCAAUACCAGGCAGGCUCUCCUGAAGGCGGAGUAAACUCAAAAUAUCGGGUGCAGGAUUCAUCCUCAUCAACUACGCGGACCAUCUCAAGAACCUUAGCGGGCCCAUCCAACCACCCCCAAUACCAAGCGAGCGUUACUAAAGGCAGAGUUAACACGAAUGACCGGGCGAAGGAUGUUUCCUCAUCCUCAUCGACUACGAAGGCAAUUUCAAGGACCCUCGCCGGUCCACCUACCCAUCCCCAAAACCAGAUCCCCCAGGGCCCUCCCCUCACUAUGCCUCCCCGUAAUCCAUAUUUGCAUGGUGAACAUGUAGUCAGUCGUUUUGCUCGUAAUCCCGCGGGUGGAUUCAUCUAA